CGCUCAUUUGUCUGGAGCUCCCAGCAUUCCAGCUGAAAGUUGUGCUUGUGGAAGUCGGAUUUAGAUGCUAGAGACCCAGUGACAGCAGUGCACAGCGAGAGCAAAACCACUGCAGCCUGACCCGCACAGCAUCUCUGAAGUACGAUUACGCUACAGAAGGCUGCUUACUGUCCAGGAGCCUGAUUUAACAAUAUAACAGGUAUAAUGUUAAUCCAUGGGACGCCCAGUCUGGCUGUCUGCCUGUCUGUCUUGGUGCUGUCCUGUGCAGGCAUGGUGCAUGACCCAUAUAGAACUCACCACUCACAACCCGACCUGGAGCAAUCCGAAUACAAGGAGGAGCCCUACGCAUCAGAACCCCAGCUGAAGGAGUACCACAAAGGCACCAGCUCAUGGGCUGAGCCAAAGGGUUUGGGGUGCCAACGAUGCUGCGAUCCAGAAGAAGAAGCCCCUCAGAAUGAUCCCCCCUACCGGGUUGUCCCUCAAAUCAACAUCACCAUCCUGAAAGGUGAAAAAGGGGACUGUGGACAGCGUGGUCCCUAUGGCAGAGUGGGGAAGAACGGCAAUCCAGGCCCGCGAGGCCCCACUGGACUGAAGGGCAGCAAGGGCACCAUAGGGCUCCCAGGGGAUCCCUGCAAAACCUACUACUCAGCCUUCUCUGUGGGUCGCAAGAAGGCCCUUCACAGCAAUGAGUACUACCAGACGCUGGUCUUCGACACCGAGUUUGUCAACCUCUACAACCACUUCAACAUGUUCACGGGCAAGUUCUACUGCUACGUGCCGGGCGUCUACUACUUCAGCCUGAACGUGCACACGUGGAACCAGAAGGAGACCUACAUGCACAUCAUGAAGAACGAGAAGGAGAUGGUCAUCCUGUACGCCCAGCCCAGCGACCGCAGCAUCAUGCAGAGCCAGAGCCUCAUGCUGGAGCUGGAGCAGAACGACGAGGUGUGGGUGCGGCUCUUCAAGGGCGAGAGGGAGAACGCCAUAUUCAGUGAUGACUUCGACACCUACGUCACCUUCAGCGGCCACCUGAUAAAGGCCAAGAGUGAGGGCUAGUCACAGCCCCAGGUGAGAGCUGUACCCUGCCAACCCUGCCAGCCUUCUGUCAUGCUGCUGUGCCCAGAGGAUACACUUAACAAGCCGGGAGGUUGGGCGUCUCUUCAGACUAUCUGCUUAUUUACUCAGCUAUCGACUCCCUUGUAAAAUAUCACUCUUUAUAUUUACUCAAGACAAAACCAGAUAUUCCAAGUGGCUUUGGGAAUGUGUUCCAGGGUGAUUUUUCAAAGCUUCCCGUUUCGUUACUGAACUUGCUCCAUCGAGUAAGGAAUUGCUGGCCUGUUCCUCCUGGUUAGGGGAAUUUACUCUACAUGAAACCAAUCCCCUUCUCUCCCCUCACCACUCAUCUCCCCAUCCACAAAAAAAAAAAUCAAGAAACUCUUGCACUGGAUCAAAAUGUGUGGCAUCAGGUGACCUGCUAUUGUUUCAAAAUGAAAAAAAAAGAUGCAGUAGCUUUGUACUUACACAUAUUCAAAAGAAAGUGUAAUUUGCUUCAUUCAGCUGAUGAAAAGAGCAAUAUGCCCAUUUGGUAAUGUUGAAAUUUCAACAAAGACCAUUUCUGUCUUUCAAAUGAAUGACAAGGGUCCUACCAGCAUGAACGGAGAAUGAGAAUGCUAGGAGGAAUCCUGUUGAUUAGUUUCCUGCCAGCAGCACAUUCUUAUUCUAUUGGUGUAAUGUUCUUUGCCUGGACACAGUGCUGCUCUAUAAUAAAAUCACUCAAUGUUUUGUUUAAAUUUACAUGCCAAUUUACUCAUUUCUGCAGAAACAGAUUAGUGUCCUUUAAGAAAAUAUGAGGGAAAUUACACUUCAUAAAUCAGUACAAUGAAGGGCAUCCACAUAGUCUAGACUCUGUAAGAACAUCCUCUGCAGAACAGACAUAAAAUUUCUGAGGGACGCAAAUUUGAAAAUGUUAUUUAAUACGGUGCAUAAUAUAUUACAUACCUUAUCAGAGCGCCAUGACAUUUAUACUGCUUUCUUUUGAUAUUCUUGUAUCUGCUUGCAUACUUGUGUUUGAGUAAGUUAAAAGCUAUUUAAAGAGUACUUAGCCUUACUAACCACAGAACUGAACAGUAUUUGGUCUGGAAAGGGAGACACCAAGCUGCAAAUUAGCAACAUGCACUUAUUAAUAUUUUCCUUAGAUUUAUUUUUUUUAAAGAAUAACUUAUUUAAAACAUAUAUGUGGAAAAACGAGACUUUCAAUGUAGUAGAAAAGCCUGAGUUGAACAAAACCAUUUAAUAUUUAAUUGCAAACCUUCAUCAGUGACCUUCUCCAAGGUCAGAUGUGUUUCAGGUUAUGGAUUACAAUCCUUAAGGCUUAAAAUACUUUUCCUUUUGCAAGAUAUCUAAUGCACCAAUUUUCCUGACGAAUGAACAUGUUCAGUGCUGGUUCAAUGAUUAGCUUGUACUGGACCUCUUUUCAAUAUCUUGGGUGACCAGAGCCGUAUAUCAUACCAGAAGGGAAAACGCUUCUCAGAAUGGGAAUUAAUGGUUCUGCUUCAUCCCCCUUUAAAUUAUUUAUCCAUAAAUGGGGUCAACCAGAACUGAGGUGCCUAACCAAUUUCAUACCUACUACUGACACAUUUUAUACCCCUUGAUACUUCUUACAUAAGAAUGGUGCUUUUCACUUUCCAAAUAAAAGUUAUUGCUCUUUAUGGUGCUAAAAACGCAAUCAGCUACAAUCCCAAUUUCAUGAAGAUAACUUCAUUUUAAUAAAAAUACAUUUGUAUAUUUGAAAAAAAAAACUUAUAAUGUUAAAUUUGCUAAACAUUAUUGCAUGUUUCAUUUCUGUCAGUAGGUUGUGCCACAUAUAAUUCAGAGUGCAAAUGCAGAUGGUAAUUUAAAGCUUGGACAAAUCUGUCAGCAACAGGCAGUCAGUAAAAUGAGGUAUAGCUGCAUAUUCCAUCAGGCUUUUGUUCAAGGCAAUACAAUUUCCCUUUCCCUUAAUGGCACUGUAUCUGCACACUCUUAGAAGAACGUUUCGCAAUGAAGAUACUAAAGUGAGUCUUGAUCCAAGUUAAUGGCAAUCAAAGACAAUCAGAAAUCUGACUGAGCAACCAUGUGCAGAUUAUAUAAACUCCAUGCAGAGCAAACGAGAUAAUACUUAGCAGAAAAACAGAAGCUGUGAGAAAGGAAGAUUUUAUUGUCAACCACUGUAAAUGCUAUUUUCUUAUAUUUUUUUUAUAUUGGAUUUCUCUUUUCCUGCUGGUCAGUUUGGAAGGAUUUUUUACAACAAAAAAUAAUUUUGUAUUUCAUUUUAUAUACCGGUUAAAGCAGUAUAAUGUGAUGCUUUAUUAGAAUCACCAAUAUUAAAUUGUUAAACUUGC